UAUUUGGUUUGAAAGAUGUUGUUGCUGCAGAGAAGCUUAACAGUUCCUGAUUUUUAAUUAUUGAAAGAUUGCUACAUUUUCCGCUAUUUUUUCAAGAAUUUCAUCUGCACUUGUUCGGAAUGUAUAAAAUGAUAUUGUGUCUAUGCACUUCAAGAGUGCAGUUCCUCUUUCUCAGCAGCAUCUUCUUAUUUUCAAGAUUGCACACAGCCAACUGGAUUCCUAAAAGCCUGCCUUGCAUUGUGACAGUUGAAGCCACAGAACCUUAUGUCAUUGUGGAUUGCGGCGAUCAGCACUUGACCUCUAUUCCAUCUGGAAUUCCCAGUAAUGUUACCAACUUGACUCUAACCAUCAAUCAUAUCCCAAUGGUUGCACCCCAGUCAUUUGCUCAGUUCACUGACCUAGUUGAGAUUGAUUUCAGAUGCAAUUGUGUCCCUGUUAUUCUUGGACCAAAAGAUCAUGUGUGUACCAAAAGGCUGUCCAUUGAAGAUGGAAGCUUUUCUUCACUUCUUAAUUUAAAGGCACUUUAUUUGGAUGGCAAUCAGCUUUUAGAAUUCCCCAGAGGGCUUCCACCUAACUUAACUCUCUUAAGUCUAGAAGCUAAUAAUAUAUUUUCUAUUUUGAGAACAAAUUUAUCAGAGCUAACAAAUAUUAAAAUGUUGUACCUUGGACAGAACUGCUAUUAUCGAAACCCUUGUAAUGUCUCAUUUUCAAUUGAAAAAGAAGCAUUCAAAGAUUUAAAACAAUUAACAGUGUUAUCAAUGAAGUCAAAUAAUUUAUCAUUUGUUCCAGAAGGACUGCCUUCAAGUUUAAAAGAACUUUAUAUAUAUAACAACAGAAUUGAAUCAGUUAGUGACCAAGAUUUUCAACAUUUAUACAACUUAGAAAUUCUUGAUUUGAGUGGCAACUGUCCGCGUUGCUACAAUUCUCCAUUUCCAUGUACUCCUUGUCCAAAUAAUGAUCCAAUAAAAAUACAUUCUAAUGCUUUUGCUUCCUUAAAAAACUUAAGAACUCUUCGCCUUCAAAGUAACUCUCUUUACAAAAUUUCUAAGAGUUGGUUUCGGAACACAAAAAAUCUCCAUGAGCUGGAUUUGUCCCAAAAUUUUCUGGCCAGUGAAAUUGCAGAGGCUAAAUUUUUGGAAUCUGUUCCAAACCUUAAAGUCCUUGAUCUCUCCUUCAAUUUUGAUCUACAAAAAUAUCCAGCAGAGUUGCAUCUUUCAAAACUAUUUUAUAAUUUGUCCUCCUUGGAAAGUCUGAGAAUCCGUGGCUAUGUCUUUCAGAAACUGAAUAACAGAAGUCUUUUACCUUUGGUUAGCUUAAAGAAUCUUUCUGUUUUGGAUAUGGGUACAAACUUUAUUAAAGCUGCUGAUUUUACAUUGUUUGAAAAAAUGAAAUCUUUGAAAAUAAUUGGUCUUUCCAAUAAUAAAAUAUCUCCAUCUGGGGAAACCACAUUGGAUUCUUGUUCAAAUUACUGGACAUCUCCUGGUCAUCAUUAUCUUAAUAACAUUGAUAGAACAAUUCAGGAUGUACAUUAUUUCCGAUAUGAUGAACAUGGGCGGAGUUGCAGAUCUAAAGUAAAAGAAGAUGCAACAUUUCUCAUGUUUGUUGGUGAGGAUUGCCAAAAUUACGGAACAACUUUAGAUUUAAGUCAGAACAAUAUAUUUUUUGUCAAAUCAGCAGACUUCAAACACCUUAGUUUUAUUAAAUGCCUUAACUUAUCAGGGAAUGCCAUUAGUCAGACUUUAAAUGGUACAGAAUUUAAAGAGUUAAAGAAUCUUAAAUAUUUAGAUUUUUCUAACAAUCGAGUUGACCUUUUGCAUUCAACCGCAUUUCAAGAGCUCACCGAGCUAGAAGUACUGGAUCUUAGUAGCAACAAGCAUUACUUUUUAGCUGAAGGAAUAACCCAUAUGCUCAAUUUUACAAAACAUCUGAAUAAGCUCAAAAAAUUAAUGCUGAACUGGAAUGAAAUCUCAAGUGCAACAAACAAUGAAAUGGUUAGUAGAUCACUUUCUACUUUGGAAUUCAAAGGAAACCAUUUAGAUGUUUUAUGGAAAGAUGGAGAUUCAAGAUUUUUUGGUUUCUUCCAAAAACUGACUAAGCUUAAAAUACUUGAUAUUUCAGAAAAUUCAUUAGCAUUUGUCCCUCCUGGUGCAUUUGAGGGUAUGCCUCCUAAUCUAAAGAAUCUUAAUCUGGCUAAAAAUGGUCUUAAAACUUUUAACUGGGGAAAGCUUUACCUUUUAGAAAAACUAGAAGUAUUAGAUCUCAGUAGCAAUUGCUUGACCACUGUCCCUCGAGAGUUAUCCAACUGCACAUCAUCUCUUAAAAAAUUUAUUUUAAGUGAUAAUAGAAUUAAAUACUUAUCUACUCAUUUUCUUAAGGAUGCUUUUACACUAAAAUAUCUUGACCUUAGUAACAACAAGAUUGAAUAUAUUGGCCAGUCCAGUUUUCCUGAAGAUGUUUUGAAUAAUCUUGAACAAUUACUUCUGCAUGGAAACCCAUUUAAGUGUAACUGUGAUGCAGUAUGGCUUGUCUCUUGGAUAAAUCAGACAAAAGUGACAAUACCAAAACUAGUAAGUGAUGUUUUAUGUGCUGGGCCUGGAACCCACAGAGGACAAAGUCUGGUUCUAUUAGAUUUUUAUACUUGUGAACAGGAUAAUUGCAAUGUAGUUUUAUAUGCACUUUUCACCUCAUGUAUUAUUUCCUUAAUGAUAAUAUGUGUUUCAAGCCAUCUCUUCUACUGGGAUUUUUGGUAUAUUUACCACUUUUUUAAAGCUAAGUUUAAUGUAUAUAAAUCUCUACCUAAAGUAAGUUAUGAUGCCUUAGUUAUGUAUGAUACAAAGGAUCUUGAAGUGUCAGAUUGGGUUUGGAAUGAAUUGGUUGAAAUUCUGGAAAAUCAAGGUGAAAAAAUAUUUAACUUGUGUUUUGAAGAUAGAGACUGGCUUCCAGGUCAACCUUUUUUGGAUAAUCUUUCAGAAACAAUCUAUCUCAGUCGGAAAACUGUGUUUGUGCUAACAAACAAAUUCAUAAAAAGUGGACAUUUCAGGACAGCAUUUUAUAUAGCACAUCAACGCCUUAUUGACGAAAAAGUUGACGUGAUCAUUUUGAUAUUUCUUGAAAAAACACUGCAGAACUCAAAAUAUCUAAGACUGAGAAAGAGGUUGUGUGGAAGCUCUGUCUUAUAUUGGCCUUCCAAUCCUAAAUCACACAAAUACUUUUGGAACUGCCUAAAAAAUGCUUUAUCAACAGACAAUCAGAUGGCAUAUAAUAAGCUUUUUAAAGAGAGUAUAUAGGAAUUAUUAUUUUAAUUUUGUGUUUAGGUACCAGAUCAAAAAUAUACAUCCAGUGGAGGCUCGUGGGUUAUUCAAAUGGGGGUUCACGGAGCAGUUAUGUAAAAUAGUUUUAUAUAUACACACACACACACACUCACACACACAGUAUAUUCAAUAUAUAUAUAUAUAUAUAUAUAUCUAUAUCUAUAUAUAUAUAUAUAGAUAUAUCUCUCUCUCUCUCUCUCUCUCUCUCUCUCUAUAUAUAUAUAUAUAUAUAUAUAUAUAUAUAUAUAUUUUACAAAAUUUAUCACACCAAAAAUGUAUUAAAUACCUAUGUGGUAAAAUAUCAGCCUAGUUUUUUUCACAAUUCCCACUUAUAUCUAUCUAUCUAUCUAUCUAUCUAUCUAUCUAUCUAUCUAUCUAUCUAUCUAUAUAUAUAUAACACACAUACACACACACAAUCAUAAUAUUAAAUUUUAUUGCUUGCUAUAUUACUUGCAGCUAGCAGGUGGCGGUGGUGCAUAAAAUUCAAGAAUUACACCAGUGAAGCUUUCUAAGAUGGAAAAUGUUUUUACUACAUUGGUUAUGUAUAUUCUUUAUCCUAGGACUGCAGAUGUAAAAUGAAAAAAAAAUCGUUAUGCAUCAGUAAAGAAUAUACAUAACCAAUGUAGUAAAAACAUUUUCCAUCUUAGAAAUCUUCACUGGUGUUAUUCUCCCUGAUCGGCUACACUGAACUGCUCCACUUGCUGCUGUUGCCGUCUACACUCUCUAUCUUUAUGCUGUAAUAAGAUCUGGAGUGAGUUUUUGCCUAAGCAGAUAUGAUGAUAAAGUAGGACAGUCCUAUUAUA